AUGACUCCUCCUAAAUCUGUCGCUCUCGCUGUCACCAGUUAUUACGGUCCCUUUUACGAGGACGGUAAGAAAACCGGUGCCUAUUUCUCCGAGGUUUACCACCCCUGGAAGUACUUCACUGAGCAAGGCUACAAAGUCCAGCUGUUCUCCGAGACUGGUACCUUCAAUUGGGACCAGCACUCAAUUGCUGAUGGAGCAUUGAGUGCCGAUGAGAAGGCUGUUUUGGAUGACAAGUCCCACGACUUCCACAAGGCCACCCAGGCCAUCAAGAAGGCGUCUGAGCUGAACCCCGCCGAUUACGGUGUCUUCUAUGCUGCUGGCGGCCAUGGCACCAUCUUCGACUUUGAUGGUAAGGCCCCCGGUGUUGCUUCGUUCGCCGGCAAGGUGUGGGACGAUGGUGGAGUGGUUUCCGCUGUCUGCCAUGGCCCCGUAAUUCUUGGAUUCAUCAAGGACAAGGAUGGCAAAUUGGUCACCGAGGGCCGCAAGGUAACUGGCUUUUCAGACGAGGGUGAAGUUCUGUUCCACCUUGACGGCUUGCUCAAGAAGAACGGAUGGAAGACCGUCCAGGACGUGGUCAAGGGCAAGAGCACCUACGUUGCCCCCGAGCCUCCGUUGGCUUCUACCGUAGUCACUGAUGGCCGUCUUCUUACUGGUGCCAAUCCCGCCAGUGCUACACCUCUGGCAGAGGCUGUUGACAAGGUUUAUAAGUCGCUUUAG